UCUAAAUUUAUUGUGUCAACACAAUUUGUAAUAAAGUAAUUAUUUUUUUGUUUUUCUUAUCUUUAUUUUAAAAUCAAAUAAUGAACGUGUGACAAUUUUAUAUAAACGAUUAUGGUGCCUUCCACCUAACUAUCCUUUAUUUCAAAAUAGCUAUUGCGAAUCAGCUAUUGUAAAAGAAGUAGAUUUUUUCUGAUUAGACUCAUAAGCUGUACUAAUUUAUAUUGACCGGCCAAAUAAAAUAUAAAUUUUUUUUUAAAUAAGUAAAUAAACAUAAAAUAAUGUCAAAAGUAACGGUGCAGGACAUUGAAGCUGUGGACGAUUAUUGGGGGCCCACUUUUCGGUCGAUUUUAGAAGGCAACAACACUGAGUCACUUUCUGAACAAUUGGAUCAGCGUAUACGCAGUCAUGAUAAGGAUAUUGAACGCAUAUGCAAUCUGUAUUACCAAGGAUUCAUCGAUUCGAUACAAGAACUGUUGCAAGUACGCACACAGGCUAAACAAUUGCAUGAAGAAGUUCAUACACUCGAUAGAUCGUUGCAACAAAUAAGUGCAUCUGUGUUACAGCAAGGACAAGAUUUAGUUCGUGCUCGUCAAAUUGAAUCAAAUUUAGCAAGCGCUAUUGAUGCACUACAAGCAUGUCUCCCUGCGCUCGAGUGCUACAUCAAAUUUACUCAACAAGCAAACAAUAAACAGUAUUAUCAAUCACUUCGCACAUUGGAGACGUUGGAAUCGCAGCAUUUGGUUGGUUUGAAUAACUAUCGUUUUGCCACCCAAAUACGCCAAGCUAUACCAGUUAUUAAAGAAAAUAUAAGACGUUCUGCGGAGUCAGAAUUUCGCGAAUUCCUCGAAAACAUUAGAAAGUUUUCUCCCAAAAUUGGGGAGGUUGCUAUCACGCAUACUAAGAAAUUACAAAAACUUGAUAUCAAUGCAAUUAUUGAGGAACACAAGCUAUUGCGGCAACAGGAUAAUCGUGAUGAAGAAAACAAUUUAAGUGCACAAGAUUUGAUAGAUUUCUCCCCAAUAUAUCGUUGCUUACACAUUUACAUGGUGUUAGGACAGCGUGAAUAUUUUGAAAAAGAUUAUCGCCAACAGCGGCGCGAUCAGUCGAAGUUAGUUUUGCAACCACCACCGGGUAUGCAUGACAAUUUGGAGGCCUACAAAACUUACAUUUGUGCUAUUGUUGGGUUUUUCAUUGUGGAAGAUCACGUGAAAAAUACAGCUGGCGAUGUGGUAACAACUUCAUAUUUGGAAGAUUUAUGGUCAACAUCUUUAACGAAAUUUGUUAACGAGAUUAGCAUGGCGUCAUCAUCUUGUACAGAUCCAAAUAUUUUGCUACGCAUAAAAAACCUAAUUAUGCUCUCUAUAAAUACUUGUAAAUGUUACGGAUACACAGUGAAUAUGCUAUUCGAAUGUCUACACAAUAUGCGUGAUCACUACAAUGAGGUUUUAUUGCAACGCUGGGUUCACGUCUUCCGCGACAUUUUGGAUAAGGAGCAAUUUCAGCCUAUGAUUGUUGAAAAUCAAGAAGAAUAUGAGUCUAUUAUAGAACGCUUUCCAUUCCACUCGGAACAAUUAGAGAAUGCGGCGUUCCCUAAGAAGUUCCCCUUCUCUCGUAUGGUACCCGAAGUCUAUCAUCAGGCCAAGGAAUUCAUGUAUGCGUGUAUGAAAUUCGCCGAAGAGCUGACACUUUCUCCUAACGAAGUUGCGGCAAUGGUGCGCAAAGCCGCGAAUUUAUUACUGACUCGCAGUUUCAGUGGUUGCCUCUCUAUGGUAUUUCGCAAUCCCAGCGUUGCGCUACCACAACUAAUACAAAUUAUAGUUGACACACAGUAUUUGGAAAAGGCUGGCCCAUUCUUAGAUGAAUUUGUUUGCCACAUGACCAAUACGGUGAGUAAUAUUUCGCAAACACCAUCGGCUAUGUUCCAUGUAGCUCGACAAGAAGCUGAAAAACAGGUUGGCGUACGUAUUUGUUCCAAAAUUGAUGAAUUCUUUGACUUGGCGGCAUAUGAUUGGCUACUUAUCGAACCACCAGGCAUCGCAUCCGCCUACAUCACCGACAUGAUUUCCUAUUUAAGAAGUACUUUUGAUAAUUUUGCUUUCAAAUUGCCCGGCAUUGCGCAAACGGCUUGUCGGCGCACAUGUGAGCAUAUUGCAAACAAAAUCUACGAUAUACUCUACGAUGAGGAAGUGAAACAAAUAUCAACCGGUGCACUACAACAGAUUAAUUUGGAUCUUUUGCAAUGCGAAUUCUUUGCAGCGUCCGAGCCUGUGCCGGGACUGCGUGAAGGCGAGCUUUCUAAAUAUUUUCUAAAAAAUCGUCAACUCUUGGACCUACUUACGAUGGAGGAGUGGAGUACGUAUUUACACGAUUACGGCAAGCAAGAAAAUCGCUAUCAUUUAGUGCAUCCACAAUCGAUUAUUGUUAUUUUGGAAAAAAUACGCGAGGCCGAUAAGAAAACAAUGUUUUCGGUAUUACGUAAAAAUGACAAAAAGAAGCUCUUGGAUACAGUGUUGAAACAACUGAAACAUCUCACUGAACGACAGAAUUAAACUGUUGGACAACUUGCGGCCGACAGCAGUCCAGCAGUUUUGUUCAAAAUGUAUAGAAAAUAAAAGAAUUUAUAAAUAAUUUUCUUAAAAAUCAAAAUGCUUUA